AUGCAAGCAGUGGCAGCUGUCUGGCCUCGAGUACAGACCACCGAUUUGGAGGCAAAAAUUUCUCCUGGAGGCAAAGCCUCUGGGGCUUCCACUCCUGUGGCCAAGGGCCUUAAGAGGAAGGCCACCGAUACUCGACCUGGGGCUCCCACUCCUGCGACCGAGGACUCCAAAAUCGAGGCCUCUGGAAAGAAAGGGAGAAAAGCUCCUGUGGCCAAGGACCUUAAGAGGAAGGCCACCGAGACUCGACCUGGGGCUUGCACUCCUGGGACCGAGGACUCCAAAAUCGAGGCCUCUGGAAACAAAGGGAGUAAAGCUCCUGUGGCCAAGGACCUUAAGACGAAGGCCAUCGAGACUCGACCUGGAGCUUCCACUUCUGCGACCGAGGACUCCAAAAUCGAGGCCUCUGGAAAGAAAGGGAGAAAAGCUCCUGUGGCCAAGGACCUUAAGAGGAAGGCCACCGAGACUCGACCUGGGGCUUCCACUCCUGCGACCGAGGACUCCAAAAUCGAGGCCUCUGGAAACAAAGGGAGUAAAGCUCCUGUGGCCAAGGACCUUAAGACGAAGGCCAUCGAGACUCGACCUGGGGCUUCCACUCCUGCGACCGAGGACUCCAAAAUCGAGGCCUCUGGAAAGAAAGGGAGAAAAGCUCCUAUGGCCAAGGACCUUAAGAGGAAGGCCACCGAGACUCGACCUGGGGCUUCCACUCCUGCGACCGAGGACUCCAAAAUCGAGGCCUCUGGAAACAAAGGGAGUAAAGCUCCUGUGGCCAAGGACCUUAAGACGAAGGCCAUCGAGACUCGACCUGGGGCUUCCACUCCUGCGACCGAGGAUUCCAAAAUCGAGGCCUCUGGAAAGAAAGGGAGAAAAGCUCCUGUGGCCAAGGACCUUAAGAGGAAGGCCACCGAGACUCGACCUGGGGCUUCCACUCCUGCGACCGAGGACUCCAAAAUCGAGGCCUCUGGAAACAAAGGGAGAACAGCUCCUGUGGCCAAGGACCUUAAGACGAAGGCCAUCGAGACUCGACCUGGGGCUUCCACUCCUGUGAAAGUCAAGUCCACCCCUGGCAACAAGGCUCCUGGAAAUACCUCCAUUAAGGGGGACAAGACCAAAGAAACCGAGGCCGGAUCCACUCCUGAUAGCAAGGAGAACAAGCCUCAUGGUGCCAAGACCACCGAUUUGGAGGCAAAAAUUUCUCCUGGGGGCAAAUCUUCUGGGGCUUCCACUCCUGUGGCCAAGGGCCUUAAGACGAAGGCCAUCGAGACUCGACCUGGGGCUUCCACUCCUGUGAAAGUCAAGUCCACCCCUGGCAACAAGGCUCCUGGAAAUACCUCCAUUACAGGGGACAAGACCAAGGAAACCGAGGCCGGAUCCACUCCUGAUAGCAAGGAGAACAAGCCUCAUGGUGCCAAGGUUCCUCCUAAGGGAAGGAAGUAA